AUGGGCCGGGACACGGAUCGCGGGUUUCCUGGUGCCCGCCAGGUGUUUUCAGAAAGCGGGCAGGGCCACAUGGAGCUCUUGUCCAAGUACGGCUCCUUGUUGGCCGUUGGAGACCUGACGGGCCGUGCAGAUAAAAAUAACAUUGCUUCGGCAGCAGCUGACAAACCAGUAACUUGUAUGAAUUUUCUGCCCGUCGAGUCGGUGAGCAUAUUUGGCUGCCUGCCCUUAUGUAACAGUCACCUGUCAAGACAGCCUGUCAAGCCGAAGAGGAUGUCGCCGUUAAACCGCAAGAACUUAGCUGGAUGUAAGAAAGCAGCACUGUACUGUGCCUGGAAAGGACAGCUCUUCAUUCAGGACCAGCGAGUGUGUGACUUGGCCCUUCGCUCGCCCUUUAGUGGCACCAUCCCCGCACAGUUGCCAGCCAAGCUGGAAACCAGGUACGUUGUGGCUGUAUCGGACUUGAGAAAGAAGCUGCCUGAAGUUGCCUUUGGGAAAAACAAUUAUGCCAAUGAUGAAGUACAUUCUCAAGGCAUUCUGUUCAGUUUAUAUGAAGUGGAAAUAUUAAAUCCAAAUGAACUGAGAGUGGAUCAGUUAAUAGAGAGCUUGAAAGAGAAAGAUCUGGCUCUUGUCAGAUACUUGAAUGAACAUGGGCUUUUCGUCUUGCUCAACUCAUCUGCGUUGGCGAAAGGAAAAGAUUCUAUCCCUGAGGAAAUACCACGUCUUCAGGCCUUGUUCGUGAUCUCGUCCCCAAAGGCAACAUGCCUAGCAGCAAAAGAUUUGAGAUGCAACCACAGGGCGAACAAGAGAUCUUCACAAGUCAGUUUGCUUCUGCCAGCCCUUCGCUUCGCGUUGGCGGAGGCAGCCAAAGACCACAACGAGGAAGGGGUGCCUCUCGGAGCUCUAGUUCAGCAGCAUGUCCAAGAGCUGGCGACACUGGAUAAGAAUUUGCUACCCACCUUUACCGACCCGGACAGAAUGUCCCUCUCCUUCGACCAGUACUUAAAGAAGUCUGACCUUGAAGCCGUGUCUGGAAAGUGCUCCCAGAAAUCCUUUUCCCGCUUGCACCUUUACCUGUCGGAUCCCCAAAACUACACUUUGGAAAUGUCAGCGGCCUCGGCUUGUCCCGGCACCGAUUCUCGGUCUUCCAAUGGUAGCCGAGUAUGUGACGCUUCCGGCGUUUCAGGCUUAAGUUCAGACUCUCUGCUCCCCGAGGGUGCCGUACCGCUCGGCGAGACCACGAGGUCGGGGAAAUCUGCGGAAUCGACCCCUCACAGCACGGAGGGGGCGGGGAAGCCCAGCCGGGCGAGCGAGCGGACGCUGCAGCGCUGUAAAAGGAGAUCCAGCCGGCUCCUGGGGGCCAGCACGAGGAAGAAGUGGGCCCCCCUGAAGGUCCUCUGUAUCAUGGAGAGCAACAAGAAGCGGAAGAAAUCUAAAAAGAAGAAGCUGGAUCUUUCGCCCGUGUCUUCUAAAGAUGCGGGGCCCUCGGUAGAUUCCGGUGAACCUACCCUUAAAUUAAAAAAUCUUCAGUACCCCUUAAGAAGGAAAAGAGGUGCUGAGGUUUUGUCGGCGGAAUUUGUGCAGAGGACAAGGCACGAGCCACCCUCAAAAGCCACGCCUUCUUCCGAGGGUCCUGACGCAGAACAGAAAAAGGCCCGGUUCUUGAACUGCAGAAAGAGCACGGAGGUGGGAAAGGUGGAGAAGGUCAACAAGUGUAGGGCAGUAAAGAAGAAAGAUGUCCAUCACGAUGCAGAUGAAGCUGAGUCAGAAAUCCUUGGCGACGAGAACUCUCCUUCCAGUGAAAGAUCUGCUCUUUGGGACACUUGUCCACCCCUGAGGAGAGAUGAAUGCGAUUCCCAUGCUUUGAACAUGUUGGCUGAUCUGGCACUUAGCUCUUGCAACUCUCUGCUGCUCAGUAACACCAACAGAUCUGGGUUGUCUCACAACCUGUCCCGAGAGCGCCGGCACCUGCACAGGGGGAAACUUUUGUGCAAGGCUUCCGAUCACGAGUAUCACAGGAUCAACGCAAAACUGAAAGGCAGCUCCCUUUCUGGUGGGGGUCCUCAGGGGUCUCCUCCAGCCCCCGUACAGCCUAGUCAAAGCGCGGAAUCCCCUUCUAGCCCUCGAGAGAGGGGCCGCACAGUUUCCGGCAAAAAGAAGAGCGCGAGACCCCAUCCGGCCAAGCCCCUCGCAGAACUUCCAGCGGAGAUUGUAUAUUUUUCGGACCCAAAUGUGCCCUCUCUGAUCUCCAUCGAGCACUCGUACGCCUCCCUUACCUUGGAGCCUUUGAGAAAGCAGCUCCCUUGGAGAGGGUCCCCGAGUCCCCCCAACUCCAAGAAUGGGGUGAAAAGCGCAAAGUCAGGACCCCUUGUUGGGAAAGUGCUGCCUUUCCGGCACCAACAGAACAUUUGCCACCCACACAAGCAGUUACGGACCUACUUACCGUUCUCGCGCUCUGCCGUCAUGGCUGCCAGGCCAAAGGAGGACUUUGGCAAGUCCCAUCAAGUGACCUUUUGUGACCAGUCUGUUCGAGUGACUUGCCAGUGGGAGGAUGAAUACCUCUUCAGCUUAGAUAGCAAAUACACUAACAAUUCGUUAGAGAAAACGGUCAUUCGGGCUGUACACGGACCCUGGGAUGUGAGCCUGUCAGACGACGUGGAAGAAAUGAAGAUGAUACUCCAUAUGUGGGUGGCCUUGUUUUAUAGCAAGCCAUUCCGAUCCCCUCGAGUCAGGAAAGUGGUUGAACACAGCAACCCUGCCAAAUAUGUCUCGCUGAACAGUGUCGUGGAUCCUCUAGAGCUCGUCGACGACGGUGAGGGGUUCUACGACUCAGAGACACGCUCGGCGGACUUGUUCUCUGAGGCAUACCAGGCGCCCAGUAAAGUCGAAGGAAGGGCGUAUUCCCCCAUGGAGAAACCGCUCUCUUGUAAUGAACUGUCCUCUACAAACUGCAUAGAGUACGAAGCUCCCCUUGCCGACCCCGUGGAGACCAACUACCUGCCUUUGGAAGGUGGGGCAGUCAGCUCCCUCGCCAGCGACUUGGGGGGUCUGCCUCAGGCCUUUGAUAAGGUGUCCAGAGAAGAGCCAGAAGAGGAAUUCUUUCUGGGGCCUCUUAUCUCUGUUUGCAGCCAGAGCGGCGGUUCUUUAAAUGGCAGUGGUUGCUUGGAGGCUGAAGCAAAUCAUACUGUCAUCCUGUUUGAAGUUUCCCAAAGCGACUCUGCUGCGUCCAUGCUUCCUGAACUGCCAGAGACCACAGCAGACACACAGGGGGUAGGAAGCCCCAGGAGCGCUGUUUCUGCUGAGAAGCCGGAAAUCGACAGUUCCUUGUCUUCUGCGGAGAAGGACAGCUGCCAGAUCGACAGUAGCGAGUCGCUACAUACUUCCGGAGUGACCUGGUUAGAGGCAAACACCGAGUACGAGAAAGAUGACUGUCUGUGCAAGGGAGAAGGAGAUACACAGGAUCUCCCCAUGGAUGAAGUUGAGGAAGAUGUAGAUGGCGAGAGCGUGGAGCUGGAAUCAAUUGACCUUGCUCUUUCAGAUAGCAACGAUGCUGACGUAGAGGUGCGAGAUGUGGAUCUGGAUCAAGAUAAUGAGGAGCUUCCCCCGGAGGUUUGUGCGGCGGAAGAGGCUUGCGUGUGUGACGCGACGUCACCUGGCGAUAGCUUGACAACUUUAAUACCGUCGCCAACCGCAAGUUCUCUACAGCAGACUGUUCCCGAAACAAAUCAUCCAGCCCAUCAAACCAUACCUGAAAGAGAUUCAGAAUCGCCUGAGGACCAAGAAGACUCCGCUGCAUCAGACCCAAAUUUUGCAUUUCCUGAGCAAGUAGGUUUGGAUGAGGGUCCCUGCACUGACGAGGAAGAGGAAGACGUGAACGGGGCUGAUACAGUUCCAUUGGACACUAGUCACCAAGUAAUUCAAGAAGAACAAAAGACCAGGCAGAUGCCAGAAUUACUGAAUGAUACUGUAGAAGAUGAAGAAAUCCAGUGCUUGGGGUUGAACGAUAGUGAGUUCAGAGUUAGCUCUAAAGCCACUGAGCCUAGUGAAAAAAAUGAGAAUAAUGGAAACAUCUUUGUUUCGGAAGAAAUAGCACAUGAUGAUAAGCUAAACCAGGUUGCAGCUACUGUGACGGAAGAAAUCAAGCCCUUUUGCGAACCAAUUGACACCGUGAGUGGUUUAAAAGUGGAGGGUGAAGGAUCCUGCUCUAAAGAGGACUCGGGUUUAAAUUGGAUCCGUUCCAUGGCCCUGGAGUGUGUGACCCCUCCUGAGAGUGACGAAGAGAGCUGGACAACUGACCAGCUUACCACUUCUGACCCCGGAUUGGUGGUGGACGGACAUUUAGAGAGGCAGGGCAUCUUUGUUAACCAAGAGUCAGAGUCAAAAGAGGACAGCCAGUGCCUUUCAACAUCCCACGAAGGUCGAAGCUCACAUCGAGUGGAUGGGGUGGAAGAAGACCCAUUUGGAGAGAACGAAGCUGCCCCCAUUGCUGAGGAUGUCCUUUCAAGUCCUUGUUGCAAGGAUCGAGCAAAAUCGGGCACCCCAAGCCUAGAUGGCAAAUUUCAGUUGGCGGGAACAGCUGUACCCUCAAAGAGCAAUGAUUAUUCCAUUGUUCCUGUGUUGUGUGGAGAAGUUGGCUUAGAACCUGCUAGCCAGGAAGCAUCCAUUUUGGCAAGGGAAGGUGGUCUGUUCAAGAAAGGGCAUGUAGAAGUCUUGCCUUGUGUUCCAGGAGAAUGUCUGGUUGAUUCCAUUGCUCCCAUGUUGUUUGGAGAAGUUGGCUUAGGACCUGCUAGCCAGGAAGCAUCCAUUUUGGCAAGGGAAGGUGGGCUGUACAAGGAAGGGCGUGUAGAAAUUUUGCCUUGUGUUCAAGGAGGACGUCUAGUUGAGUAUCCACCAGAAGAACCUGAUUCCCUUUUCCAUGGAGGCACAAGCGAAGGACAAAAACAGGAGGAUCCUGGAGACGCUGUGGAUGUACAGUUGGCCAGCAAACGGGCACAGUCCCCCACCAGCGUGUUAGGUCCUAAUACAAAUUGGGAAGUGGAAUCGGUUUCGGCAGAUGAUGGCGAAGAACUCUUUGGAGAUCCAUAUUGCAAAGAUCCAUCUGCGAACGCUUGUCGUACAAGAUCCACGGACUCCACAGGAGUUACAGGGGCUACCUACAUCUGUGAUUUGAGGCCAGAGCAAGAGAUCAGUAAGAGCGAUGAUUGGGUGUACUUGGGGGAAAAGACGAGGAUUUUGGAUGCUGAGCCUGAGGAUGAACGCUUUGACUGGCCUUUAAUGUGUAGAAGGAACGAUAGGCCUGCCCUGCCCGCUCUGAAACUGGACGGUGAGCAGGGACCUCUGAAGGGUUAUAUCAACUUUUCUGUUACCAAGAAGCACAAGGAAAAAACUAGAACUUUUUACUCUUCCAAGAGGGGUGAUGGUUUCAUGAAAGAGUCGGGAUUAAUAAACUCUCUGAGUAGGACUUGGCGAGUUUUGGAUGACCCUGUCCAAAGCACUUUAGAUAUGGAGUGUUUGCGUUUCCAUUAUAAGCUAAAGCAAAUCCUAGGAAAGAGUAGACCUCAAUUUUCUACCUCCAGCGAUCCCUUGAUUGCACCUCAGGUAACAGCCGAAACAUUACCCUUGAGAAAGGUACCCGAAGCUCCUGUUUUGAAUUUGCCACCUCGGAGCAGAAGCCCACUUCUGAUCACGAUUAUGAAUCCUGGCGCAAGGCGGAGUGCCACGCAUUGGUACCCGAGAGUCAGCAUGCCCGGAGACCCCUUCGACCCUCCCACUCUUCCACGGGACUCCUUUAGCAAAGCAGCUAGGCCCAAAAGCCAGGGGCAGGGACGGCCCGCCCCUUUUCACCUCAACAAGUUAACGUACAAUAAUAAGCUAAAAGAUUGCCGAGGUGACAUCUCGGUCAUUAUGGAUGAAUUUGCUGAGCUGAGCAGAGUGAUGAAGUUGGACGACCAGCAGAUGAGCAACAAAGGGAGAGAUCCCAAUACUACCUCAGAAGAUGUUCCGGAGAAAAAAUGCCCAUCCUUGCCCGGAAGGAUGGCCUCCUAUGAGCACCUCUUCGACGACUUGUGCAACACACUACAUUUCAGACUUAAAAAUGUCGCCAAGGAGGCAUGCAAAAAACCCUACUCUUUCUACCUGGUGGAAACAGACGACGAUCCUUUCUUUGGGAGGAUAAAGAACCUGCUGAAAAAAGGGGGUCAUUCAGAAGCUGAGCCCCAGCAUUUCUGCAAGGCCAGCCAUCCAGAGAUGGACAGACUGGUGGUGAUAAUCAGAAACGAGGACAUCUUUCUGCACGUGCACAAAAUUCCUUCCUUGCUGCGCCUGAAGCGCUUUCCCAAUGUGACGUUUGCCGGCGUGGACAGCCCCGAGGAUAUCCUGGAUCACACCUACCAGGAACUCUUCCACAGCGGGGGCUUCGUGGUAUCUGAUGACCAAGUGCUGGAGACCAUGACCACGGGUGAGCUGAAGGAAGUGAUCAAAACUCUGGAGCAGCUCAACGGCCACUGGAAGUGGAGGUGGCUCCUUCACUACAAAGAGACGAAGAAACUGAGAGAAAACGCAAGGGUGGACUCCGCGGCUCACUCCAAGGACGCGAUCCUGCGAUCCUGCCAAGGGGCGAAUUUCACCGAAGUCCUCCACUACCACCGUUGCGACUCCCGCUCUUCCACGAGGCCCGAGUACCUGAAUUGCUUACUGAACCUGCAGGUGCAGCACAUCAGUGCCCGGCUGGCCGUCUUUCUGACGGAAAAACCCGGCACCAGCCGAGAGGCCUUGGAGAGCAAAGGGAUCUUGGUGCUCGAUGUAAAUACUUUCGUUGCAACAGCACAAGACUUGGCGACGUCGUAUAGAAGCAAUUAUUGGUAA